GACCCUGUGGGCACUGAAAUCCAACUCACCCAUGCCUAUUUCCUGUAAUGGAUGAACUUGAUGCUAAUGUGAGUUCCAAGGAGGGUUUUGGGUCAGUGGAGAAGGUCGUGCUGCUCACAUUUCUCUCAGCGGUUAUCCUGAUGGCCAUCUUGGGGAACCUGCUGGUGAUGGUGGCUGUGUGCAGGGACAGGCAGCUCAGGAAGAUAAAAACCAAUUACUUCAUUGUAUCUCUCGCCUUUGUGGAUCUUCUGGUUUCGGUGCUGGUGAUGCCCUUUGGUGCCAUCGAGCUGGUUCAAGACAUCUGGGUUUAUGGGGAGAUGUUUUGCCUCGUCCGGACAUCUCUAGACGUCCUGCUCACAACGGCAUCGAUUUUUCACCUGUGCUGCAUUUCUCUGGAUAGGUAUUAUGCCAUCUGCUGUCAGCCUCUGGUCUAUAGGAACAAGAUGACCCCUCUGCGCAUCGCAUUAAUGCUGGGAGGCUGCUGGGUCAUCCCUAUGUUUAUCUCUUUUCUCCCUAUAAUGCAAGGCUGGAAUAAUAUUGGCAUAAUUGAUUUGAUAGAAAAAAGGAAGUUCAACCAGAACUCUAACUCUACGUACUGUAUCUUCAUGGUCAACAAGCCCUACGCCAUCACCUGCUCUGUGGUGGCCUUCUACAUCCCAUUUCUCCUCAUGGUGCUGGCCUAUUACCGCAUCUACGUCACAGCGAAGGAGCAUGCCCACCAGAUCCAGAUGUUACAACGGGCAGGAGCCUCCUCAGAAGGCAGGUCCCAGCCAGCCGACCAGCACAGCACUCAUCGCAUGAGGACAGAGACCAAAGCAGCCAAGACCCUGUGCAUCAUCAUGGGUUGCUUCUGCCUCUGCUGGGCUCCAUUCUUUGUCACCAAUAUCGUGGAUCCAUUCAUAGACUACACCGUUCCUGGACAGGUGUGGACCGCUUUCCUCUGGCUUGGUUACAUCAACUCUGGGUUGAACCCCUUUCUCUAUGCCUUCUUGAAUAAGUCUUUUAGACGUGCCUUCCUCAUCAUCCUCUGCUGUGAUGAUGAGCGCUACCGAAGACCCUCCAUUCUGGGCCAGACUGUCCCCUGUUCAACCACAACCAUUAAUGGAUCCACACAUGUGCUAAGGACAGAUUUACUGCGUGGCAGAGACAUUUCAGCAAGGCACUGGAUAAAGCCUUCCAUGGGUGGGUUUAUUCUCAGGCACACUGAAUGAUAGCUGUUUGCUGGGAAGACAGUCUUAGGGGAUGCGGUGGAGUGUGGUGGCCAAUGGGAGAGUCACUGCCACCCUCCAGCAACUUCUUCCUUGGUGGCUGCUCAGUCCAGUGACCCUUAGGCCGUGGGGCAGUGACUCAGAAGACAGCCAUCCCUCCGAGAGAGGGCAGGCUCUAAGCUGCUGCGUGUAUGGGACCGCUCCUGCCACUCUCCGCCACGCCUUCCGCCAGGCAGCCACGCCCACCGGGGAUUUUCUCUGGGGCUCCAGCAGGUGGCGCUGGAGGGACUCAGGGGACAGGAGGCCUCCUUGUUC